UUUCGAACAGAAAUCUGCUGUCCAUCCACCAGUCAAGACGCGAAUUGACUGUCGCGGCCCCAGUCGUCCCAGAUUGCUGGUCCUUAUUUGAGAGUCACUAAUACUGCUUGUGAGCUCGUGACUUCCAUUUCCGGUUAGCGUCCAACCGAGUCUCAGACGUCACCGACCAUUUCCUCCACUCGAUCGGCUCUCUGCUGAACUGGAUUCUCCGGGGAAAGAUCUCCUAGGUCAUCAACUUUAUUGCAUUCUCCUCUCGUCGAGCUACCGAUUGCGGUUCUCCGGCCGUUCCGCCGUUUCCGUGUGACCUCCUUAUACCACACCACGUCACUCGUACGCAAAGCGGCCUGAGGAACUCAUUCCGUCCAAUCCGGCUCAAUUAGUAGAAUCUUCUUCUCCUUCUCGUCGCCCACAAUCUCUGUUCUUUGCCGAUCUCGUACGCAGAAUAUCGGCUGGUCUCUUCACAAUGCAUCGUACAUACUCUAUGCGCCAGUCGCGGCUGCCGACCGCCUCGCAGAUCGAGAACCCCCCACCACCACUCUCCUCGACCAAGACGAACAGGUGGAUGGGGAAAGGUGGUCUUGGGCAUGCCUUCCGCAAAAAUGCUGCCGGUGCUUUUGGACCUGACCUUGCGCGCAAGCUCUCCCAGCUGGUAAAGAUGGAAAAGAACGUCAUGCGCAGCAUGGAAUUGGUCUCUCGGGAGCGUAUGGAGACUGCGCAACAACUGUCCAUCUGGGGUGAGAACUGUGACGAAGACGUGUCUGAUAUCACGGAUAAACUGGGUGUCUUGCUCUAUGAAGUGGGAGAGCUGGAGGACAUGUACGUCGACCGCUAUGACCAGUACCGUGUCACCAUCAAGAGUAUCCGCAAUAUUGAGGCGUCCGUCCAGCCAAGCCGUGACCGCAAGCAGAAGAUCACCGAUGAGAUUGCCAAGUUGAAGUACAAGGACCCCAACUCCCCACGCAUUGUCGUUCUCGAGCAAGAACUCGUCCGCGCCGAGGCCGAGUCUCUGGUCGCUGAAGCCCAACUUUCGAACAUUACCCGUGAGAAGCUCAAGGCUGCAUUCCAGUACCAAUUCGAUGCUCUUCGAGAACAUUGCGAGAAGGUCGCCAUCAUCGCCGGGUAUGGGAAACACCUUCUCGACCUCAUCGAUGACACUCCGGUCACUCCUGGUGAGACUCGCCAGGCGUAUGACGGAUACGACGCUAGCAAGGCCAUCAUUCAGGACUGCGAAGACGCCUUGGCAAACUGGGUCUCGUCCAAGGCUGCCGUCAAAUCCAGCUUGUCCCAGCGUUCACGUACUCUCUCUCAGCGCCGACAGGAUAACAUCAAUAAGGGCCGUGAAAAUGGGGUGGACCUGUCGUCCCAGGACCAGCCCUUGAGGGGUGACCGGGAUUCAUGGGUUGCCGCAGAGCAGCACCCUAGCUACCACCAUGACGAUGAUGAAGAGGCUGCCAGUGAUGGAGACAUCCGCGGCCGCGAAGAAGAACGGGAGCCUGUCCCUGUCUAAUCGAGCACUCACUGAAUGAGCAGGGCGCAAGAAUACCGGCAAAACGAUACAUUGGUUAAUCACUUUGAUGCUCUUGGACUCCAUAAUUAUUGUACGAAUGACUGUUUUCCCGCUUGAUCUUCAGGAUUCAGAUCGGUGUCUGCCACGUUAUGAUGUUACUUAUUACCCCUUCGGUUUGAUAAUGCUUACUUGCUUCUGGCAAUAAUCAACCAAUUCAAAACGCUUCCCCAAUUG